AUGGAACAUUUAAUAUUGGUAAUGAGCGACCCAUUGAUCACUCCUCUUAUUAAGCUAAGCUUAAAAUGCGAGAACAAUGAUUUGUUUCUUUCACCCAAUAUGCAAGAUAUCUACCUUAUCUUUCACUCAUUUCUGGACAAGAUCUCCAAAUGUGCAAAACAGUUACCCUCGAUCGAAUUUAUUGUUAAGCUUCCUAAUGCUAAAGACUUCUGUAAUGUCGAACCACCAAACUGGUACAUCACUCAGUGUCACGAACGAUUCACUAAAAUUUUGAAUAUUGUCUUUACUUCGCUUAUCGAUUACGUUCAAAGAAUUUAUAUGAAAUACAAAGUGAUUUUUGAUCCAGAAACGCAGAAAACCGAAGUAACAGGGAUUGUCGAGAAUCAUGAUUUUAAUACGUGUUUGGUGAAAUUUGAUGAAUUCAAUAGCUCGAUAGGAACUGCUUAUGGCUUGGUAUCAAAUGAAUAUUUAUUAAAUUGUAAGUUAUUUCAAGAAGAUGCUAAAGAAGGAUUAAAACAAUAUGCUAAUACAGUUAGGGAACUUAUAAUAAGUGAACUUAUCUUAAGACAUAAAAAUUUUAAUCUAAGCAUCUGCAAAGAAUUCGAAGUUAUUGAAAAGAAAGCUUUGAAUAUUCCAGAGGAGACGAAAGAAUUAUUAGAACUUGGACAAUAUAUGCUUUAUAUAUCAACGGUGAAACUCGAUGAACUUACAUUCAAGAUUGAAGUAUCACUAAAAAUGAUGGCUUCCUUAUUCGAGAUGACAUCGCUCGAUAUAGAACACGUUGAACUUAAUAAUACAAUGGUUAAUUGGUUGCAACGCAUCAAAGAUGUUCAGGAAAAGAAUAACAUAAUAUACGAGCAGAAAAAGUUUGAUUUGCAGGAUAGGUUGCAGAGUAGAAUUCAUAAUUUGAUUAAACGGAUCGACGACAUGUUCCCCAAUUUCAAAGGUUCGGUGGAUGAGCCAGAUCCUUAUCAACAACCAGUGCCGAUGAAAUUAUGUCAUCAAUUGUUAGAGAACGUCAAAUGGUUUAAACAAUAUGUGCCACUAGUACUAUGCUUUUGCAAUACAGCUUUAAAUCAAAGACACUGGGAUGAAAUGAGCGGAAUAGCUGGAUUUGAUUUGACACCGGAUGCUGGAACAACUUUACGGAAAAUCAUAAACUUUAAUGUAAUGGAAAAUCUUAAUUUAUUCGAGCAGAUUAGCGUAGGAGCAACGAAAGAGCUCAGUUUACAGAAUUUACUUACUAAACUGAUUGCCGAUUGGGAUGAUGUAGUAUUUACAACAACGGUCUUCAAGGAUAGUAAAGUUAAUAUUUUAACACAAUUAGAUGAUAUUCAAUCAUUACUUGAAGAGCAAAUCGUAAAAGUCCAAGGGAUGAGAGGAUCUGCUUUUGUAAAGCCUAUUGCAACAGAAGUCAAAGUAUUUUACGAGCUAUUGAUAAGAAUCGAGAAUACUUUGGAAGAAUGGAUUAAGGUUCAAGUACAAUGGGUUUAUCUUCUACCAAUAUUUUCAAGUAAGGACAUCGUUGCACAGCUACCCGAGGAAGGAGUUAUGUUUGCCGAGGUUGAUGGAAUAUUUCGUAAAUCAAUGCAUAGUGUCGCUAGAGAGCCAAGAGUUAGAGAAAUGGCAGGCACCGUGGGCUUAUACGAAGCAAUGAAAAGUGCAAAUGAGCUAAUGGAGAAGAUAGAAGAAGGUGUUGCAAAUUACCUCGAGCAGAAACGUCUGUUUUUCCCGAGAUUUUUCUUUUUGAGUAACGAUGAUAUGCUCGAAAUACUUUCUGAAACAAAGGAUCCUCUUAGAGUUCAGCCUCAUUUAAAAAAAUGCUUUGAAGGCAUCUCAAAACUUGGAUUUAACAAUUUGCUGGAAAUUUAUUCGAUAAUUAGUGACGAUCAAGAGGAAAUCAUGAUGAUCGAUCUGAUAUCUACCGUAGCUGCGCGCGGCUGCGUAGAGAAAUGGCUUGUACAAGUCGAAGAAAAGAUGGUGAACUCCAUAAGGCACGAGAUUUUAAUGAGCUAUCGAGAUUACGAAGUUAAUAAUCGAGUCGAAUGGGUAAAAAUUUGGCCUGGUAUGGUUGUACUCUGUGUCUCACAGAUUUAUUGGAGCAUACAGGUUGAGAACGCCUUGAUCACCAAUUUAGAAUCAACAAUGCUGACGCUUCAUCAAAUGUUGACAAAGCAAAUUAUCGACAUGGUGACUCUUGUGAAAGGUAAACUAUCAAAACAAAACCGAACCACUUUAAAUGCAUUGAUUACGAUAGACGUUCAUGCAAAGGACGUUGUUAAUUCACUCAUCAUCAAGAAAAUUAUACAUGAAAAUGAUUUCGAGUGGCUGGCGCAAUUAAGAUAUUACUGGGAGAAUGACGUUAUCGUGAGAAUAAUAAAUGCCAGUGUUCCAUUUGCAUAUGAGUACUUGGGAAAUUGUCCUCGACUUGUUAUAACACCCUUAACUGACAGAUGUUAUCGGACUCUUAUCGGCGCUUACUCACUGCAUCUGAAUGGUGCCCCGGAAGGACCAGCAGGAACCGGCAAAACCGAGACUACAAAGGAUUUGGCUCGCGCUUUGGCGGUGCAGUGUGUCGUGUUUAAUUGUUCCGAAGGUCUGGAUUAUAAAAAUAUGAGCAAGUUCUUUAAAGGACUCGCUGCCUGCGGUGCUUGGGCUUGUUUCGAUGAGUUCAAUCGUAUUGAGCUUGAAGUGCUGUCCGUCGUAGCUCAGCAAAUACUUUGCAUCAUUCAAGCCGUGCGCGCGAAGCUCGAGAAAUUUGUGUUUGAGGGUACAGAACUCAAUCUCAAUCCGGCGGUCUAUGUAUGCAUCACUAUGAAUCCAGGAUAUGCUGGACGUUCCGAAUUACCUGACAAUCUUAAAGUUCUAUUCCGAACAGUUGCUAUGAUGGUUCCUGAUUAUGCAUUGAUAGGAGAAAUUUUUCUUUACUCAUCGGGAUUUUCCAGCGCCCGUGUCCUUUCAACGAAAAUUGUUACAACUUAUAAGCUUUGCUCUGAACAAUUAUCAACACAAUCUCAUUAUGAUUAUGGAAUGCGAGCAGUUAAAACUGUUUUAACCGCAGCUCAAAAUAUGAAACUCCGUUUACCAGAUGAGGACGAGAUGAUAGUUCUUUUACGUUCAAUUAUUGAUGUCAAUUUAGCUAAAUUUCUCGCCUUCGACGUUCCUCUAUUUCAGGGUAUUAUUUCAGAUUUAUUUCCUGGAACCCUUUUACCACAGCCCGAUUAUGGGGUUCUUAUGAAAGCUAUUGAUCAAGUGACAAAGACAAGAAAUCUUCAAAUGACGGAUGGAUUUAUUCUCAAGAUCAUUCAAACGUUUGAGAUGAUGAUUGUUCGGCAUGGAUUUAUGCUUGUGGGUGAUCCAUGUGGAGGUAAAACAACAGUUCUUCGUACACUAUCGGAUGCCUUAACGUUAAUGCAUAAGUGGAAUUAUGAAAGUGGAGCAAAAACAAAAUUUACUACGAUCAAUCCAAAAUCAAUAACGAUGGGCCAGUUAUAUGGACAGUUUGAUCCUAUUUCAUCCGAGUGGACGGAUGGAGUUUGUGCUGUAGCUUUUCGUAAAUUUUGCAAUGAAGAAUCAGCAGAUAGGAAAUGGUUGAUUUUCGAUGGACCAGUAGAUGCAGUUUGGAUUGAGAAUUUAAAUACUGUAUUAGAUGACAAUAAGAAAUUAUGUCUUACAUCGGGAGAAGUUAUGCAAAUGACAGGGGUUAUGUCAAUGAUCUUCGAGGCUGCAGUUUUAGUAUCUCUAGUUUGGGGGAUCGGCGGUACCUUAGAUUAUGAUUCUCGAGUAAAAUUUAAUGAAUUCAUUAUUACUUUAUGGAAAGACGAGAAUCCUGAACAUCCUGUUCCACCUGAGAUAGGUGACACUAUUUCAAUACCUAGCGAAGGGCUCAUACAUGACAAUGUUUACGUAUUUAAAGGCAAAGGAGCAUGGAGAUAUUUUGGUGAUAUUAUUAAGUUAGAACCCAUUAUUGAAACACAGAGUAUAGGGGAAAUGUUGAUACCCACUAUGGAUACAUUAAAGUAUCAAUAUCUAUUUCAUUUACACAUUAAAUAUAAAAAACGAUUUCUUCUUUUUGGUAAAACUGGAACUGGGAAAAGCUUUUAUAUUCGUGAUACAAUAAUGAAUAAAUUGGAUAAGGAACAUUAUUUGCCUAAUUUCAUAACAUUUACUGCAAGAACUACUGCAGCGCAAACACAAGAACUCGUUAUAUCGAAACUCUUCAAAAAAAGAAAAGGUCAUUAUGGUCCAAUGGGAAAUAGUCAAUGUAUUUGUUUUAUUGAUGAUGUUAACAUGCCAGCGAAGGAAAUUUAUGGAGCUCAGCCAGCUAUUGAAUUGUUGCGUCAAUAUUUCGAUCAUAGCUAUUGGUAUGAUUUGAAUGAACCAAGUGUAGUUAAAAUAUAUAACACGAUGUUUGUUUGUGCAAUGGCACCGCCUGGUGGUAGUCGACAGAAAAUUUAUCCUCGUUUUUUAAGGCAUUUUAAUAUUUACGAAAUCAGUGAAUUCUCUAAUAACAGUAUUUUUCGUAUUUUUAACAAUAUUGCGCUUGUUGGCUUUAAAAGAAAUGGAUUUGCUUCAGAUGUAAACUCAACGAUAGUAAAUAUUGUGAACGCUACGAUGAAUAUUUUUCAACAAGCAAGAGCCCAACUUCGGCCAACUCCAACAAAAUCACAUUAUCUUUUUAAUCUACGUGAUUUUGCACGUGUUAUAACUGGCUGCGCUAUGAUUAAAAAAGAAUCAAUUCAAAAUAAAGAUACAUUUUAUCGUCUUUGGGCUCACGAAAUCUUACGAGUCUUUGGAGAUCGAUUGACUGAUGAAAGCGACUCCAUAUUGCUUUUUGAUCUAAUUAAAUUGGCUGUUGAAAAGAUUUUCAAAGAAACUUUUGAUAAAAUUUUUGAAGAUUUACCGAAAUACGAUGGCAAUCUUACAAAGGAUAGUCUAAAACAUUUAAUUUUUGGCAAUUUUAUGGAUCAAGAUGCAAUGCCGGAAAAUCGUAAAUAUGAAGAAAUUUCUCCAAUAGAAGAAUACUUCAGAAUUUCGUCAAUGUGCUUAGAAGAGUAUAAUAGUACACAUAAAACUAAAAUUAAUAUAGUCCUAUUUAGAUAUGCUCUUGAGCAUCUUGCAAGGAUAUGUAGAAUUUUAGCAAGCCCUUAUGGAAGUCUAUUAAUGGUAGGAAUCAAUGGAUCUGGAAGACAAUCUUUAACAAAACUUGCUUCUGAAAUGAUUAAUUGUGCAUUAUUUCAACCUGAAAUUGGUAGUAUAUAUGGUAUAACCGAAUGGAGAGAUGAUAUUAAAAAAGUUUUGAAAACUGCUGGUACUGGAAAAGAUAUUGUUUUUCUAUUCACCGAGGGUCAAAUCAAAGAAGAAGCUUUCCUAGGCGAUAUAGACUGUCUUUUAAAUUCAGGCGAAGUUCCGAAUAUUUUCAAUAUUGAAGAGCGACAAGAAAUCAUCGAACUUGCGAGAUUAGCAGCUCAAGGGGAAAAAUUACAUAUGAUGCUGUGCUUCAGUCCAAUUGGAGAAUCAUUUAGAACGCGUCUCAGAAUGUAUCCUAGUUUAGUAAAUUGUUGUACUAUCGAUUGGUUCGAAGUUUGGCCGGAAGAUGCAUUAGAGCAAGUAGCUCUUCAAAGUAUGACAAGCAUUAAUAUUGCAGAAGACAUAAAGAUUAACUCAAUAGAAGCUUGUAAAUAUUUCCAUAAUUGUGCCAAGAGUGCCAGUGAAACAUUCUACAAAAAUUAUGGAAGGAAGACUUAUGUGACCUCGGCAGCAUUUUUAGAUUUAAUAAAAAUUUUUGGAAUACUUAUAAAGGAAAAGCAACAGGAUACAAUACUGGCUAGAGAUCGUUACAUUGGCGGACUUGAUAAGCUUGAAUUUGCAGCUCAGGAAGUUGAAAAGAUGAAAUUAACUUUAAUUUCUCUGCAACCUGAACUUGAAAAAUCAGCUAAAUUAACAGCUGUAUCCCUUGCACUAAAAGCAGAAUGCGAAGCUGAUUUGGCCGAGGCUUUACCAGUUCUUGAGGAAGCUGUCGCUGCUUUAAAUACACUUAAACCAGCCGAUAUCACUCUGGUGAAAUCGAUGAAGAAUCCACCCGCAGGUGUUAAACUUGUAAUGGCAUCGGUUUGUGUUAUGAUGAAUAUUCAACCAGGUCGAGUCAAUGACCCAGCGACGGGUAAAAAAAUUUUAGAUUACUGGGGUCCAAGUCAGCGAAUAUUGAGUGAUAUGAAAUUUCUUGAUUAUCUUCGAGAUUAUGACAAAGAUAAUAUUUCUCCUAGUAUAAUACAAACAAUUAAGAAGGUAUAUUUAAAGAACAAAAAAUUUGCACCGCAAAAAGUGGCAAAAGCAUCACAGGCUGCAGAGGGAUUAUGCAAAUGGGUGAGAGCAAUGGUAUUGUAUGACAAGGUAAUUAAAGUAGUUGCACCAAAAAAGGAAAAAUUUCAAGAAGCCGAAAUGUCAUUGCAAAAGACGAUGAAUUUUUUGAACGAUAAACAGAAGAAAGUUGAUUUGGAGAAUCAAGUGCUUCUCUGCAAGAGCAAACUAAUUCGAGCUGAAAAAUUAAUAAAGUACGAGUAG